CCGAGCGUCGCUGCUCUGCAAACACCGUGGAGGGGAUCAACGCGCCCCUUUCCCAGCUGGGCCGGGCAGCGCCUCCCCCGCCUCCCUGCAUCCCUCCCCUCGCUCCGGGGCGGCUCUCGCCCCUGCAUAAAGGCGGCGGGGCCGGGCGCUGCCCCAGCCUGCCCGGCCAUGCACCCCGCGCCGCGCCGCGCCGGGUCCCUGGAGGCGGCCCCGAGCCCGAGGGACCCCGGCAGGCAGUUAAAUAAGUCAGCUUACAUGAUGAUUGAAGAUAACAAAGAGAAUGAAGACCAUGCAUCUGAAAGAGGAAGGACAGCCAUCAUUUUUUCCUUGAAGAAUGAAGUUGGAGGACUUGUAAAAGCAUUAAAACUCUUUCAGGAGAAGCAUGUAAAUCUGGUACACAUUGAGUCACGGAAGUCCAAGAGACGAAAUUCUGAGUUUGAGAUCUUCGUGGACUGUGACAGUAACAGGGAACAACUGAAUGAGAUUUUCCAGCUCCUGAAAUCCCACGUCAACGUCGUCUCUGUGAGCCCAACAGAGCAUUUCAAUGUCCAGGGAGAUGGCAUGGAGAACGUUCCCUGGUUUCCGAAGAAGAUCUCAGAUUUGGAUAAGUGUGCAAACCGGGUGCUGAUGUACGGCUCUGACUUGGAUGCCGACCAUCCUGGUUUCAAAGACAACGUUUAUCGCAAGAGGCGAAAGUAUUUUGCAGACCUGGCUAUGAACUACAAACAUGGUGACCCAAUUCCCAAGAUUGAAUUCACUGAGGAGGAGAUCAAGACUUGGGGGACUGUGUACCGAGAGCUUAACAAGCUUUACCCAACUUACGCCUGCAGAGAGUACCUGAAAAACCUGCCCUUGCUCACCAAACAUUGUGGGUACAGGGAAGACAAUAUCCCCCAGCUGGAAGAUGUAUCCCGCUUCCUGAAAGAGCGCACAGGCUUCACCAUUCGCCCCGUGGCUGGAUAUCUGUCACCCAGAGACUUCUUGGCAGGAUUGGCAUUCCGAGUUUUUCACUGCACUCAAUAUGUCAGGCACAGCUCGGACCCCCUCUAUACACCAGAGCCUGAUACUUGCCAUGAGCUCCUAGGUCAUGUCCCUCUUUUGGCUGAACCCAGUUUUGCUCAGUUCUCCCAGGAAAUUGGUCUUGCAUCACUUGGGGCAUCAGAUGAGGCUGUCCAAAAACUGGCAACAUGCUACUUCUUCACGAUAGAGUUUGGCUUGUGCAAGCAAGAGGGGCAGCUCCGAGUUUAUGGGGCUGGCUUGCUCUCUUCCAUUAGUGAGCUCAAGCACUCGCUCUCUGACAGCGCCAAAGUCAAACCUUUUGAUCCAAAGGUCACCUGCAAGCAAGAAUGUAUCAUUACAACUUUCCAGGAGGUUUACUUUGUUUCUGAAAGUUUUGAAGAAGCAAAGGAAAAGAUGAGAGAGUUUGCAAAAACCAUCAAGCGCCCCUUUGGGGUGAAGUACAACCCCUACACUCAGAGUGUGCAGGUCCUGAAGGACACGAAGAGCAUCGCCAGCGUGGUGAACGAGCUGCGCCACGAGCUGGACAUUGUCAGCGAUGCCCUCAGCAAGAUGGGCAAGCAGCUGGAAGUGUAACACCCUGCCAGCACUGGGCUGCAAGCCAGUUCUUCCCUUUCCCCACUGAUUUCUUUCUAGGCAUAUCAUGUGUUGCAUGCAGAUGUCACUCCUUUGCACAUGGAAGAGUGAAUGGCCCAUAACAAUAUAACAAUUUUAUCUUGUUGCUCUCUGUAAAUUUCCUCACAUAAAUGCAUUCCUCCAUCCCCCUUAGGUAAAAAAUGUCAAGAGUUGCCUUUUAGAAGCUUGUAGGGGAAUGGAGAAAUUGUUAGACUGGAGAAAAAGUGUGGUCUGUAGAUCAGGGCUGGGAUCAGAUGCUGCAGGAAGUGGCUUAUGAGGCAAAAAUGGAGAAAUUCACCCUAGGGAGAAUUCAGUUUCUGACUCCAGCAGUCUACACUACUGAUUGUAUAGUGCUGAAGACUUCACGGUGUAGAAGCUGUGGUAAUUCAGUGUUUCAAAGCCUGUGCUACUAAGUUUGAGACUUGAAUGAUUACAAUGCAGGCAUCAGGACACAAAUAGCUGGAGGUUCAACAUGAUAAAAGGGAGGGGUCAAAUAUUGCUUUCAAAGGGAUUAUUCUUGCCACAAAGAGUUGCAAAUGUGAUGUUUGGCAUGCUUCAAGUAUAAGGCAGAGAUACAGCUGUUGCAUGAAAUCCUAAUUAUGUUUAUUUUAAGUGAUUUGCUAUUGGCUUAGAGUCAGGAUUUUUGUUGCUGUCCUUAGUAUUGCACCUGAGGGAAGACCUUUCCUUACAGAGAUACCAUUUGCCUUUUUCCUGAUUGAAUGAAUUUAGCAAAAAAAUACAGCAAGCCAUCAAGCAUUGACUUAGCAUAAAGCCCAAAAACAUUUCCAAACUGCAACUUCAUAUUCAAAAUAGCUUAAUUGGCUCUAAAAUAACAUCAAAGUUUAAAAUAACACCCAAAGCUCAUAGACCAGGGUGUUUUAUGAAAAAAUAAAUAUCCUGUUGAUUGUUCAGUCACUUUUUUGACCUGCACAAGCUGCAUAAAAAUACAUUUAGUUUCUUCUUUACCUAACCUGAAUACUUUCAUUCCCUGUCUACCAAACUACAAUUGAAAGGCCCAGGCAUUUCAUAGGAAUUUUGUGGCUACAAGGGCAACAAACUACCUUGUAGUGUAAAGUAUACCUGACCCCAAAGAGCACUUUAGAAGUGCAGGGAAGCAGUGUCCUGCUGAAUUGUCUGCAUUGCACAGUAGCAAACUUCCUUGUGUCGAGGGUCCCCCAGUUCCAAGCACCUUGCAGAGCUGUGCAAAACUUCUGCCACCCCUAUUCUGGAAUGGACAUGUGUGCAGGGAUGCGAGACCUUUGAGUGAGGGAACUGUGAUCUGCAGGGUGUAUUUAACAGCACCCUAGGCACUGUUUUUUUUUUCAUACAUAGAUCUUAUCAGGAAAUCUAGAAAGCACACUGGAAGAAUGGUCUGAAAUCUAAAAUACACUGGAGAUACUAGUCCAGGAUUUUGAGAACUUGAAAGGACUUUCAUGAAACCUCUCUGCUUGAAAAUUAGCUUGAGUUUCAUAUGCUUUCUCGUAGGACACCUCUGCUCCAUAAGCAAUUGCCAGGCCAACCUUUCCAAGAAUACUCACUGUUUAAAUCAAGACUAGAUAGAUUUUUCUGUGGCUAUUAACCCCCUAUAAUUUUGUUUUAAAGAGCAUUUAAGAUGUAGAAUUAUGGUCUACAACAUUUAUGGCUUGCACUGCACUUAAUUUAAAAAUAGAUUUUAGGAACUUUGUCUUUCUAAAGAAGAAACCUUCCUCUGAGUGAGUAGUAAGGGAGGAUUUGUUUUGUCUGCUUCUGUGAUAACAGUUAAUAUUCAGCUGCAGUUUUAACAAUAUUGGAUUUAUGAUGUUGUUGAAAUAUACAUAGGCCUGUGUUACUUCAAGCCUUGUCUGAACUAUGUAUACGUUUCAAGUAGGAGUCCUUAAACUUGUUGAAGUAGCACCUACUUCCAAGUACUUUGUAAAAACAGCAGUUGUAUCUUUAUUUGCUUUGUGUAGCAAAAGAAAAAGUAAACUGCUAGAAGUAAUACCUAGACAAUGCACUUCCACGGCACUAACAACAUUUAUGUUUGGCUUAGGUAAAACGAUGAUAAUUUAAGUACUUUAAACAUUGUGGGGGCUCAAAUGCCAACGAAAUAAAGGAGUUGCUGAUAA